UUUUCCAUUAAUCGAAUUCUGAGUAUUCAGACAGUGAUCUUAGUUUCUCUGGUAAUCCUGAGACAUCUACCUUACUCGUAGCGAUGAUCUUUGUUUUCCAUCUUGUUUCUUUACUAUCUUCCAUUUCUAACCUCUUAACCUGAUGAGUUCCACAAAAUCCUGCCUCAGAUUUAGAAAUAUUACUUCAAUUUGGUAAAUUCCGCAUAUACUUCAUUUAUGACACAGUCCAGCUUUAUAAGUAUCUACCAGGAUUAACACAGACUUCAUUGCAGCUUUUCAUCGUCCGAUCACUGUUGUUUACAUAACUAUCUAUAUAUGUUCUUAGAAUAUUGUGCUUCAAUGCCGAAUAUGAAUGGAAAACACAAAAACAUAUUUAAUCUGUCUAUAUAUCUCGCCUUCUUAAUUCCACAUAACAAUAAGUUCUAAAAGCUGUACAGUGUGCAAGUUUCGCGUUCUAUCUUUUAUAUAAGAUCGAUAUAUUGAUAAAUUGCCUAUAAAUUGGACUUUUCAUAUAUAAUUUUCACAUAAAGAUUGCCCUCAUCUGUUUAUGAUUUGCAUCCGAUUGUGGGAAAAUUAAAGAGAUGCUUAAUUCCACACAAACUCAAGGGUUGACUCUGUUGAGCUUAAUGACCAUUUAGAUGGCAGAAAAGGCAAAGGUCAUAACUGGCUCUAAAUUUCAAUCAAAGGAUGCACAAGGAACAUAUAUAAGCUAAACAAUCAUGGGUAACUUAUUUUGCUGUGUACAAAUCAACCAAUCCACAGUUGCCGUCAAGGAAAGAUUUGGAAAGUACAAUGAUGUACUCGAACCAGGAUGCCAUUGUGUCCCUUGGAUUUUAGGUAGUCGCCUAGCUGGCCGCAUCACACUCCGGUUGCAGCAGUUGGAUGUACGAUGUGAGACAAAGACAAAGGACAAUGUGUUCGUUACAGUCGUUGCAUCCAUUCAAUACCGUGUUAUGGCUGAUAAGGCAAGUGAUGCUUUCUACAAACUUAGCAAUCCAAAAACCCAACUCCAAGCCUAUGUAUUUGAUGUAAUCAGAGCUAGCGUUCCAAUGCUAAACUUAGAUGAUGUCUUUGAGCAAAAAAAUGAUAUUGCAAAAGCAGUUGAAGAUGAGCUUGAAAAGGCUAUGUCUGCGUAUGGGUAUCAGAUUGUCCAGACACUCAUUGUUGACAUAGAACCGGAUGAGCGCGUGAAGCGAUCCAUGAAUGAAAUUAAUGCCGCUGCAAGGUUGAGGGUAGCAACUAGCGAGAAAGGAGAAGCAGAGAAAAUCGUGCAGAUCAAGCGAGCAGAGGGCGAGGCAGAAGCCAAAUAUCUCUCGGGAGUGGGAAUUGCCCGGCAGCGCCAGGCAAUUGUGGAUGGUCUGAGAGAUAGCGUGCUCGGCUUCUCGGUCAAUGUGCCGGGGACCACUGCUAAGGAUGUGCUGGACAUGGUGCUUAUCACGCAGUACUUUGACACCAUGAAGGAAAUUGGAGCUAGCUCUAAAUCCUCAGCAGUGUUCAUUCCACAUGGACCAGGUAUGGUGCAUGAUGUCGCCUCGCAGAUUCGAGAUGGGCUGCUUCAGGCAUCCUCUCAUUAGGAACAAUCAAGUCUCAAUUAAAUGAUGCGCCGGGGGGUUCUGAUGAAGGUUAUGUGGUGUAACUUAUGUAAGUGUGCUCUUCCCAGGACUGCUCACCCGUAGUUGGUUGGUUUUGAGCAUUUUUCUUAUUUGCGUGACGCACAUAAAAAAAGUUGUAAACUUGUAAUUUGAAGUUCUGCCAUGUCGGAACUGCUAUUCCGAUGUAUAUUAGAAGAUUAUGUCC